AUGUUCGGGAGACAACGUAGUAGGAUCGCACCCCUCUUGCAGAUGGAGGGAUGGAAGCUUUCCUCGAGCCUCGAGUAUCCCAAGAUGAAGUCAAGCAUGCGGGCCGUCGUCGCUCGAUCGAGCGGCCCUAACUGCGAAGCUCCGGGCUUGGAGGCCUCCCGGGUCAACUGGGCUGCGGGCACUCGGCGCUUGGGUAACAAGUUGGCCGCCACGGCCUUGACGUCAAAGGAGCUGCUGGUGAGCGCAAUGAGCAAAAUCGGUGAGGGCCGCAUUUGGCGCGGAGGCUUGCCGCCACUUCCACCAGGCCUUCAUGAGCGUCCCGAGGGCGUGGUUGAAGUGUCCCUGCCCUCUUCUGAAACUGAGCGGCUCGAGCGCUUGAGAGAUUUGGGCAGAACGAUGCAGGGUGGAAGUAUACUGGUGCUCGGCCGAAGACGUUUGUAUCCGGUGCGCCCACAGCAUCAGUCUAUUGGCCAAGUUAGCGCCGCUUCUUGUGAAGCUGCUUUGGAUGCACUAGCAAGCUCCAUCUGUCAAGAACUGCUGGACGAAGGCUAUGGCCUUGACAACAAAGGCGUCGCUGUACCCUUUCUCCACCGCCGGGGGACACUGGGAGUGCCGAGCGAGUUCGACGACGACACGCCGGAUCCAGACUACCUCAAGCGGAACAAGAUCGAAGAAGGAGCUCUUCAAAGGCUUGCGUUAGAGUGCGCAGUCAACAUUUCGGUCAGCCCUGGCAUGCAGCUCGUUUCCGAAUGCGGCCUGGACCCAGUUCUCCACCAACCCACUUUCGUGGUGUGCAUUGGAGGGGGACAGCUGCGUGUCCUGACUUUUGCUUUCGUAGCCGGUCCUGUAACCGGCGAUCGUCCAGACCGAAAGCGGACACCGUUUGCCAUUCGACUAGCAACUGACGACCUCGUGGCACUCAGUCGCACCAAAGCCACUGAAAAGGUUUCCAAGCUUCGAUAUGCGGCACACGCUGUCGAUCCGGCAGUCCAGACAAGCCUGGAUAUGAUCGUCAUGCUUGAGGAGGAGCUCUUUCAUGCGAACGAGGCCGGUGAUUGGGAAAAGCUUGCUGCCGUCGGCACGGCGGAGCCUGACGAUGAGACGGAGGCACCGUCGACAAGCUGCACUUCAAGCGAGAGCAAGGCGAUGCCCGCGGAUGCUGAAGGCUACGCGGCGGGAGCGACUCCCAUCGCUCAGAGUGAGCGCCCGGUGUCGCCUCCAUCUCCUGGUACGAGCUCUCGUCGAUUCAGCUGGCUGCUACGCAGAUUGUCAGCGAAGGAGGACCAUGCAGACAGCGCCAGCGGUGCGUUCGGAAGUGUGCCAGGCUACCCGGCCAGCGUCAUGCCGACAGCGCUCUCCGAGAAUGGACUUGUGUCCGGCCGCGUGAGACGGUCCAGAGCUAUACUUCUCAUCGCCUCGGUGUCGAUGCUCGCAGUGAGGUUCUCGUUGACUUCAAAGAAAGAGGAAGCCGCUCAGGAAGCCUUUUUGGCUCAGCGGAGCUGGAGUACACGGAGCGUGUUGUGCUCCGGCUUCGGCUCAGGGAGGUGGCCACACUCGUCUGACAGGCGGCCCUCCUUCACGCCGGUGCUAGCGGGGAAGAAGGAAUGGUUCGGGAUCAACGAUGUUCGCGUUGUGAAGCGCAAUCCCGAAGACGUUGCAGCUUUUCACGAGAAAGAACGCACUCGUUGGCGCCAGGUGUACAACGAGGAAUACGUCGAGACUUCACAGGAUUUCUAUCCAGGUGAUCGCAUUGAGAUUAUCGAUGACGAGUCCGACUAUGAAGGGCAGCAAGGCGUCGUGGUUAAUUUCGAUUUCGAUGAUGGCUACAUGUCCUGCCAGACCACCAAUUCUCGAUAUCCGCUGACUGUGCGAAACAUCGAGCGGCUGUGCGAGCUAGUCGUGCACAAGUACCACGUUGCAUGGAUCCUGAAGCUGUCGACCUCGAGCCCUUGCCAAAGGCAAGCCCUGCUCCGUGCCUUAGAUACGAUGCCAAUCUCCGAAGAAGAUGCGCUGGCUGCUCAUGCAGCUUUACAUGAUGGCAAGUCGUCGGUGACACUUGCUAGUGGUAAAACUUAUAAGGUGGCGACUGCGAAAAACGGCUGCAGAUCGCUCAAGUUGCCUGACCUCCAAGCCAUGGAGCAGAACAAGAGGAAAAGCUCAGAGUGGGCGAAGAAGGCCAGCGCCGGAGUGAAGAUCACUUGGUUUCUGCCUGACAAGUCUGGCAAUUCACCCUCAACCUGGGGCCGCGUGGUAGAUGGAAAGCUGGAUACACGAGGUAAGGCCAUCGAGGCGACGGCAACAGCGGCACCGGCUGCACCCGCAGCGAAGAAAGGGCCUAGGCCCCCAAAGGAGGAAGUUUCAGCGGCUCCCAAGCGAGGUCCCAAGGCCAAAGCUGAGGCAAAACGCUCCGCCAAGGCGAAGGCUACUCCGACCCAUGCCAGCGCGAGCACCGCGAGCGCAGACUGUGCGCCCAAGAAGCGGCCUGGCCCAGCGGGUGCAGGGGACCUCGCCCCCAUGGCUCCUGCAAAGAAGCAGAAACUCGAAGAUCAAUCCGAUGCCUCAGACCCUUUACAGCUUGCGCCUGUAUUUGCUGGGAUGGGUCAUGGUGGCACCUGGUUGAAGAUCUUGAAACCUGUCCUGGACAGUUUGAGUGAUGCUCCAAGCUUUAUUGGUCCCAGCCGGGACAAGGGCAUCAUCCCAGUCCGAGAACUGACUUUUCAAGCACUAAAGCCGAACCUGCCGUCUGGAUGGCGAGUGGUGUCCUUGGGCCAGUCACCAUACCCUCGGAUAGAAUCUGCAACCGGAAUUGCACACUUCGAUAAUUCAAUUACUUCAUGGGAGUCGAAAAAGUUCGGGUCUGUGGUCACGAUGCGUUGUCUAAUCAAAGCAGCGGCAAUGUCCAAGUUCAAGAUUGCCAAAGCGACCAAAGUGCCAGACUUGCGAAAGCUUCUGGCCAAGGAGGGAAUUGUUGGUCCCCCCGAGUGGUUUCAAGCAAUACUUGCACAAGGUGUUCUUCUGAUGAAUGCCGCUUGCACGAUCAAGCCCGUGGAGGGCACUCGUGCUGGUGAAGUUGUGGAGGAGCAUCUGCUUUUCUGGCAGCCAGUCAUGGAAGCCGUUGUCAAUGCCAUUCUGGAAGACUGCCAGAAGAAUGAUCGACCCAUAAUCUUUGCUUGGUGGGGCACGGAAAGCUUGAAGACCAAGCGAUUUCUCGACAAGUGCUCUUUUGCGAAGUACCCGAAAGUUAAGGUGAGACACAUCGAGCACAAGAAUCCAGCUGCAAUGGCAGACGCCUUCUGCGACGCGCCGAAUAUAUUUGACAACAUCAACAAGGCCAUAGGCGAGCUGAAGCUUGGGAAGCCGAUCGACUGGCUCCCGAACAAGACUUGGAAGGCUGCAUUGGGGAUCGAUGAGCAUGCUGCCGAGAUGGGAGCCUUUGUGGCUGAAACUCAGGAGCUGCACAGGAUGUACUUAGAACGCCUGAAGGACGGUCUGGACAGCCGUGCGGAUGACCUCGAAGACAUCCUCGGAGUCGAGUCGCAGCCGCUGCUCGACCUGCCUUCCACGUGCAAGCCCUUCAACAAAGUUGUAGCCGGAAAGGAGUCGGUGGUUAAAGCGGGCAAAAUGACCAGAGCAGGACUGACUGUCGACGAAGCCGCCGCCCUGCAUUUGUACACCACCAACCACCUUUACAAGGCACUAAAUGCAGCACUGCGCGAUCCUGAGCGAAAGGAGACCAAACAGUAUUUCCUGUAUCUCAGGCUGUUCAUCGCAGCGAUGGAGAAGCUGCCGAAGUCCACGCGACAGCUCUACAGGGGAGUCGCCCUGGACCUAGCGGACCAGUACCAGGUUGGCACAGCGGUGACCUGGUGGGCAGUGUCCAGCUGCACGCCUGAUUUGGGCGUGGCGAGCAGCUUCAGCGGCUCCAAGAAGUCGACUUUGUUUCUGAUCACGGCUUCGCGAAGCGUUGGCAUCAGAGAUUUCUCUCAGUACCAAAGCGAAGAAGAGUACAUACUUGCCCCCGGUACCCAAUUUAAGGUUACGAAAGUGGAGCGCAAGGGCUCGACGGUCGAAAUUCACAUGAUAGAAAUGGAAACCCCGAGGAGAGUGCAUUGA